AUGAAUUUAUUGAAGAUACUAGAUAGCACGCCCGAGCCUCCGAUAAUAGAAUUAGAUUUGAGUGAAUCUAAUUUUAGUGGAGAUUAUCAAUUGGGUACUCCAAUGUAUGAGUAUCAAAAGGAGUUAACAGACCAGAUAAUAUCGUUACAUUAUCCGGAUAUAUUGAAAUAUUGCGAAACAAAUGACCAUAAGGAGCUUCUAGUCAAAUCCUUAGAGACUUGUAUUGAAAAUUGCAUGCUCGUCAAUACUCAUCCUUAUUUGCUAAUUAGCCAUUAUAUGCCAAAGAAUUUAGUUGUCAAAGAUAUGCCGGCGAAAUUAGCCGAUACAAGCGGUAAAUUCAAUGUUUUAAAGGACUUGGUAAACACCAUUAUUGCAAGCGAGAGUUUUCAAGUGAAAAAUGUCGGGUUGGUUUCGUCAAACAAUAUCAAAUUAUUUGAUCUUCUUGAGUCGUUACUAAUGAUUUGUGGGGGGAACAAGUGUGUCAAAAGAUAUGUGGGAAAUAAUAUCCAAAGAGGUUCAAAGAAGGCAAAUAAGGGAAAUGGUAUUAAUGGGAGCAACACGGCGCCAAAUACAACAAAGAAAUCAGCUGGCAGUGGUGGUGGUGGUGGUUAUAAUUUCCCAACCAUAAUUCAUCUCCUACCGACGGAUGGAGAUAUACAAAGAGAUAGGGAAAGUUUUGAAAACACCAAAUUUGACAUUUUGAUUGUAAUAGACGGCAAUGUCGAUACAAAUUCCGAUUUUUAUCAAUUGCUUAAAUCACAGAAUCGAACUAGUGAAGAAGAGAAACCUGCUGUGACAAUACGACUAAUCCCAUUGAAAACGGUUGAACAAAUAACACUAGUCUACCAAGAUGACAAAAACACUCCAGGCUAUUUAUACAAACUCAUCUCUUCAAUCGUUUGUCUCAGAGACUACAUUGGGAAUAUACCUCCAGAUGUGUUUCCGAUAUACAAUCAAAAACUCAAGUAUUUGGCACCCAAUUUCUUCAACCAUUUAUUUAACAAAGACAAAUCCGACUUUCCAGCUUGGCCAUUGCCGCCAUUACCAUCUAUUCAAAAGUAUACGCCAAUUGACGUAGAGCGAUCUUUGCUUACCGAAGCACAUUUUCAUUACACCCCAUACGGCCUGAACGCUGCUCCUCAGGAGGAAGCUGCAAUUCCAUCAUACUACGAACUUAAGAGGUUACAGCUGGACUACAUGAACAAUCCUUUGAAAAAUGACUAUAAUGAAUUGAUUGGCAUAUCUGGUCAAAUGGAAAGAGAAAGCACUGUGUUGACACAUAAAACUCUAUUGCAAUUAAACUCUAACUAUUUGAGAUUAAGCAGAGCUCAGCAAGAGUUGAAGUCGUAUGAAGAGUUUGAGACACCAGAGGUGGGAAAUAGAGUUGGACGGAGGGAAAGAGAAAUGAGGAUAACUGUAUCCAAGUUGUUUGACGAUUUGGAUCAUUCACGUCAGCGAAUUAAUAGCGGAAACAAAUGGAUUACAAAGAAACAAGAGCAAAUAGAGCAGCUAAAGAAUGAAACCAAAGAGAAGGAAACUGUUUUGAGAAAUUAUGAAUCCAAUGUAGAUGAUGCCGACGCAAAAAAGUUUGUACGAAAUCAGUUGAGAAUAUGGGAACUCCAAACACAAAUAAAGACACUUAUUGCACGUAUUCAAUCAAAAAAUGAUGAAAAAAAUUUUGCUUACAAAGAAUACCAAAACACCCUCACUUCAAUAUCAGACUCGAAAAAGGAGCAAGAAGAAGUUGAAUCGGAGUUAAAGCGUCUUUGCGAAAAGUACGAUGGAAUCGAACAAGAGCAAGAAAACAAAACCCUUGAGUUUAAAAAGAGAAAAAAACAGCUAACGGAUGAUAUAGAGGAGGUAGAAGCCUCAAAUGCGACUUUGGAGAGAAGACUCCAUGGAGCUUUUAAAUUCCUCAAAGACACAUCAUAUUUGAAAAAAAGGAAGGCUAGAACAAGUACGCCAAAUAAGUGA